GUAUGGAAAUUGUUUGAAAACUUUACGUGGUUAAUAAAAGUAAAUUUCAGACAGGAAAAAGAGAACAUAAGAGAUAUAUAUUUCUUAGCUUAGCUUCGCCGCGAGCUGUUCGUGUUCGAUUUUCCUUUUGGCACCAAAUUUUUUGAAAUCACCAAAUUAGGGUUUCCUCAAACUGCUCCCCCCUCAAAAAGCUCUGAAAUCUUUAGUUCGAUUCAUCUGCCUAUAUUUCCACUCUCUCACAUGGCGACCGAAACCAAAGCGGUGGAAUCUCCGGUCAAGAAAGAUGGUGUUGUUGCUAAUUCCGCGAAGGAGACUGAGAAGAAAGAAGCUCCUGUAAGUGAUGACGGAGACAGCGAGGAAGAAAAUGAAUCGCCCGUUAGUGAGAGGCCAAAGAGGAUAAUAAAGAAAGUAGAGCCUCACAUUUUGCAUACUCCCUCCUCUCGAUCUUCGAGGAGCAAGCCCGUGUCAGUUCUGCAGGGUCGUGGAACACAGCUUAAGGAGAUUCCUAAUGUGGCUUAUAAACUAUCCAAGAGGAAACCUGACGACAACCUUUUCUUACUUCACACCAUUCUUUACGGCAAGAAAGGAAAGGUUCAGACGCUGAAAAGAAACAUUGGUCUAUUUUCGGGUUUUGUCUGGUCUGAGCAAGGGGAGGAGAAGCAGAGAGCAAGAACUAAGGAGAAGAUUGAGAAAUGUAUCAAAGACAAGCUAAUUGAUUUCUGUGAUGUGCUUGACAUACCCAUAAACAAAAGUAAUGUGAAAAAGGAAGAACUAGUCGUAAGCGUGCUUGAAUUUUUGCUAUGUCCCAAGGCAACAAGGGAUAUUGUACUUUCUGAUCCUGAAAAGGAAACUAAAAAGCGGAAGAAGAGUACAGCCAAAAACGUGACUUCUGGAGAAUCAUCAGAUGUCCCUGCCAAGAGGAGAAGGCAGACAAAGGAAUCUGGAAAGAAGCAAGACCAGCCAUCCAAAAGCGAAGAUACUGAAACCGAAGAUGAGAAAGAUAAAGCUGAGGAGAAAAAGUCAACCAAUAAGAAAAACUCGUCAAAAAGAACUAAGAAGGAGAAACCAGCUGCUGAAGAGGAGAAAUCUCUUAAAGGGUCUGCGAGAGCUGGUCGAAAGUCCUCUCUAAAAGUUGUUACAUCAACUUCAUCUUCAAGCAAGAAGCAAAAGGUUGAUAAGGAUGAUUCCUCUAAAGAGAAAGGAAAGAAACAGACAAGUAAACCACAGGCAAAGGGAUCCAAAGAUCAAGGAAAAGCCAGUAAGAAAGGUAAUAAAAGAGAACCCACCAGAAAAGAAAUGCACGUAGUGGUUGCCAAAAUUCUGAAGGAAGUGGAUUUCAAUACGGCAACUUUAUCUGAUAUUCUGCGGAAGCUUGGGAGCCAUUUUGGAGUUGAUCUUAUGCAUAGAAAGACAGAGGUGAAGGAUAUCAUCACUGAUGCCAUUGACGAAAUGAGUGCUGAUGAUGAAAGAGAGGAAAACACAGAGGAUGAAGGUUGAGAAAAAGAAGGAAGAGGAAGAGUGAAAGGAUUAGCUGUCUUUCUUCUCAUUUCUGCAUAUCACAUAUGAAAAUUAAGAGAAAAAACUGUGACAGGUUUAACUUAAUCUUCAUGUGUUUAAUCUUAGGGGUGAUUUACUAAAUGGGAUUUGUUUGUACUAUGUUGUAUUAUGUAAUCAGUUAGGCUCAUGUUGUUUCAGGUUCUUCCUUCAACUUGUGUAGCUGUUAAGUUUCUAACUUAUUAUUUAUUUACAACUGAAUGAUUGGAUAUUUUGUGGGUUUGAUUUAAUUGGGAUGUUUGAAAGGAUUUUUAAAAUUUCUCUCUA